GUCGGCGGGAGCGCACGUCGCCCGGAUCACGACUCACGCACGAGCGCCCCGGUUGCGUCACCAGUGCAGUGCGGACCAUGCGAGCCGCCUCCACCCGCAUGAACGCCACAGUUGUUAGUGUGGGCGCGCGGCGGGUGGCGGGAGCGGCGAAAGCGGCGGCGCAGCAGUAGCGGCAGCAUGGGCGGCGCGCGCAGCCUGGCGCUGCUGCUGCUAGCGGCGCUGCUGGCGGCCGCCGGCCCCGUGCCCGACCCGCCCGCAUCUCCCCGGACACGUGCCGCCCGCGCCAGCUGGGAGGUGUCGCCGAGCCCGCCGGGCGUGGAGAGCGUGGGCGUGCCGCUGGACGCGCUGGAGGGCGCGCUGGACACGCCGGACGCGCUGGACGCGGCGCUGGGCGCGGAGGAGGCGCCGGCGUGGCGCGAGCUGUGGUACGCGUCGCUGGAGGCGCGGCGCCGGCAGCCCGUGCUCAACGCCUCGCGCGAGGACGUGCUGGCGCAGCUCGGCUCCACCGCCUUCCUGCACUGCCCCGUGAGGCACCUCGGCGAGCGUGGCAUCUCGUGGGUGCGGAGACGAGACUGGCACAUCAUCAGCUCCGGCCUCUUCAUGUAUACGAAUGACGAGCGCUUCCAGGUUUUACACAGCGAGGGUUCAGACGACUGGACGCUGCAGAUCAAGUUUGUGCAGAAGCGCGAUAACGGCACGUACGAGUGCCAGGUGUCCACCGCGCAGGGCCCGCUGUCGCGGCUGGUCGCCCUGCACGUGCUCGUGCCCGAGGCCUUUAUCCUCGGUGCCGACGAGCACCACGUCGACGCCGGCUCCACCAUCAGCCUCGUGUGCAUCAUAGAAAAGAGCCCAGUACCACCGCAGUACGUGUUCUGGUACCACAACGAGCGCAUGAUCAACUACGACGCGUCACGCGGCGUGGCCGUGGCCACGGCACCGGGCGCGCGCACGCAGUCGUCGCUCACCAUCCGCGACGCCGCGCCGCGACACUCCGGCAACUAUUCCUGCCGCGCGCCCAACACCGAGCCCGCCGCCAUCUACGUCUACGUCUCUGAAGGCAGUGACAAGAUGGCGGCGACGUUGUCGCGGUCGCGCGGCGCGCGGCUGCGGGUGGCCGCGGGCACCGCGCUGCUGCCACUGCUGGCCGCCCUCGGCGGGUGCCCGUGAAACUUGCGCAGCAACACCACAUUCAAUAUUACUAUUGAAUUGAACUGUGUUAAAUCGUGUUAUCAACGAUCACUUGUCCGGUAUUUGUAUUAAUAUGAAGAGUUUAUCUAGUCUGUAAAUAUUAAAGCGAUCGGAGUUGUAAAUAAUUAUAUUAGGUAAUUCCGGUAAAUCUAUUUCGUUGGUAGAUAAGGGUUAUCUACCUACGUGUACAUAGGUAUUAAUGUUACGACUUUGAUCAGUAUCAUUGCCGUCGGUUUGACUCGUUUUUUAUU